AUGCAACAAGGGAAAGCAAAGGGCACAUGCGAGAAAAGGCCGACCAAGGGAACGGGCGCAGCUCGCGCGCCGCUACGCGUGGCGUUUGUGCAUCCUGAUCUAGGCAUCGGGGGAGCCGAGCGUCUGGUGGUCGACGCGGCAGAAAGCCUGCAAGACCGCGGCCACACGGUGUACAUCUUGACAUCACAUUUCGACGCGUCGCACGCGUUUGAGCCCACACGCGAUGGCACACUUGAGGUCAUCCACGCGAAGACAUGGAUCCCGCGCUCCUUAUUUCACAUGCUGCAUCUGCCGAUGGCCAUUCUGCAGCAGUUGUCUCUUGUGAUGCAGGUCGUGGUAGCAGCGUAUGGAUCGUCACUCGCACGCCACUUGCCACAUGUGUACAGGUCACUAACGCAUGUGCCGACCAACUCGCUCCCAGACGUGUUUGUUAUUGACCAACUACCAACAGCGAUACCCUUAAUCAAACUCUUGUGUGGGCGGCGCGUCAUGUACUACUGUCACUUCCCUGACAAAGAAAUCAGCGCUGCUCUGGCGCGACAGCGAGGCACGCGAGGUCUCCGUGCGCUUGUGCGUGCGAUAUACCGCUUCCCACUCGAUGUGCUUGAGGAAGCUACGACGCAAUGGGCCGAUUUGAUUGUCGCCAAUUCUCGCUUCACGGCCACACACUUCCACCGCGUUUUCCCUCGGAUUGCGAAACGUCCUUCCGUCGUGUACCCGGCCGUCGACGAGGCUAUGUACACGGCGCAGCACGUUGAGCGUGAGAUGGCCACCUAUGUAAGCACGUGCACAAUGCAGGUAGGAGAGGUUGGCUCGUAUGCCCGCGAGCAUUUGGAGCUGGUUCAGCGUGUGAUUCAUGCGAAUGACUGCCCGAUGUUUUUCUCCAUCAACCGCUUUGAGGCGAAGAAAAACAUCCCCUUAGCCCUUCACACUGUCGCACGUCUGCGGCAGCAAGCUCAGCGCGAGACACGUCGCCCCCGUCGCGCACAAACGACGUGCUGCCACCCAAGGCCGAGCAGGUACUAA